GCAAGAGGAGCUGCUGUUGCUCACUGCCUCAGGGGCUCAUUACUCAUCGCCGCAGUUAUUGCUACCCCUGUUUGCAUGCCCUGCCCUCCUCUAAUGGAGAGGAUGCAGCUGCAAGGCCCCAUCAUCACCUCCCUGUGCUGGGCGGACGCGGCGGUGCCGGGGACUGCGAGCGCCGCGCAGGUUCCGUUCCUGGCGCUGCUCCAGGGCGCCAUGGGGGACGGCGGAGCUGGGAUGAAGCGGGAGUACGGCGCAUACGAGUGCCGCCCGGCUGCGUCUGACGUCGACCUGCUCGAAAGCUGCGUCACGCAGGCGAUGGCGACGGCCCCGGUGGUCGAGACGCCGGCGGCGACGACAAGGGUUGGCGCGGAGAGGCGGAGGAAGCGGCCGAGGGCGCGCCCACGCGCCACGCCGCCUCCGGAGAAGCGCAAGAAGCCCGAGGAGGCCGAGUGCCAGCGGAUGACGCACAUCGCCGUCGAGCGUAACCGCCGCCGCCUCAUGAACGACCACCUCGCUUCCCUCCGCGCCCUCAUCCCCUCCGACUACAUCCCACGAAGUGACCAAGCGACGGUGGUCGGCGGAGCGAUCGACUACGUGAAGCAGCUGGAGCAGCAGCUGGUGGCGCUGCAGGCGUUGGCGGCGGCGCAGCGAGGCGGGGGAGGCGCCACGGUGGGGACGGCGGCCUCGGCCGCGUCGGACGGCGUGUUCGUGUCGCCGCAGUACACGAGCUACUCGGAGUCUCGCGGCAUCGGCGGCGGCGUGGACGUGGAGGCGAUGGCCGCGGUGGGUGGCCACGUGCGGGUGCGCGUCGCGGGGAGGAGGUGGCCGGGGCGGCUCGUGCGCGCCGUCGCCGCCAUGGAGGACCUCAGGCUCGCCGUGCUGCACCUCGCGGUCACAUCCGUCGGGAACGACGCCGUCGUCUACUGCUUCAACCUUAAGAUAGAGGACGGGUGCGAGGUAGCGACGGCUGACGAGGUGGCGACGGUGGUGCACCAGAUCUUCGCCUACGCCGCCGGCGCGUGCUGCUGA